CGUAGUAGUAAGUGGUGUUGCGGGAGCUGGGGGGCAGUGACGAGAGGUGGGGACGCUGGGUAAACUCUUGAAUCACUCGACGGAUGUGGUCCCUAGCGAGUAGACGGCGGACAGCGCAGACCACCAUCCCUCAAGUCAAAACGUUGUGCUGUCACUCUCACCCAACCAACAAGCCAACCAACAAGCGCAAGACUGAACUGCCGUGUGUGGUGAGAUCAAGGAAGAAAUAACAAAGUUUGUGAAUCCAGUACAAAACACAACGAAACCAUGACUGUAACCGAGAAUGAAUUGUCGGAGGUGAAGCCGGCGCGCCUCAUCCAGUACCUCACGGCUCUCUCAGUGACGAUGGGAGCCUUGAGUUUUGGUACAAGCAUCGGCUUCACGUCCCCUGCCGUUCCGUUGAUGAACGAAACCCUCACCAGUGAAGAGGAUACGAUGUGGUUCAAUUCCAUCAUCAACCUAGGUGCCAUGGCAGGCGGCCCGAUGGGUGGUCUGCUCAUCAACGUGAUCGGCAGGAAGGGCGCCAUGCUGGGCUCCGUGUUCCUCACCCUGUCGGCGUGGCUCCUCAUCAUCUUUGGGAAGAACUUCGCCUCGCUCCUCAGUGGACGCAUCAUUGGGGGCUUGUUUAUGGGCAUGACUAGCCUUGUGGUGCCCACCUACAUCGGGGAGAUGGCCUCAGUUGAUAUUAGAGGAGCGCUGGGGUCUGGCUUCCAGCUGAUGGUCGUGGUUGGAAUCCUGUACGCGUAUCUAUUCGGAGCAGUGAUCGACAAUUGGCGGCUGCUAGCGGUGGUGUGUGCCAUCCCCUCGGUCAUCUACGGACUACUGGCCUUCUUCGUCAAGGAAUCGCCGACCUACCUCCUCACGAGGGGCAAGGAAAAGGAAGCCAGGCAGGCGCUGCAGGCACUCCGAGGCAAGGAAUACAACAUCGAAUCGGAGUUCAAGAGGCUUUGUGAGACGCAGGAGGCGUUGACCCGCAACCAUAUGACGUGGCGGGACCUCAAGCAGCCCCAUAUCCUCAAGCCCGUCGUUAUCUGUCUGAUGGUCAUGGUCUUCCAGCAGUCGUCGGGUGUCAACGCCGUGCUCUUCAACCUGGGAACGAUCUUUAAGGAGGCAGGCGUCGGCAUGGCUGAGAACAUCAGCGCCAUCGUCGUGGGCACGGUGCAGGUGGUGGCCACAGGCAUCGCCGCGCCACUGCUGGACCGCGCCGGCAGGAAGAUUCUCCUCACGGGUUCUGCUGCAGUCAUGGCACUCUCGCACAUUGCCCUGGGCGUGUUCUUUUACCUAAAGGAAGAAGGCGAGGCCCCGGGAUGGCUGCCCCUCACCUCGCUCAUGCUGUUCAUUGCCGCCUUCUCUCUGGGCUACGGCCCCAUCCCCUGGGUUCUCAUGGGUGAGAUGUUUUCCCUGGAGGUGCGCGCCCCGGCCAGCGGUCUCGCUACGCUCACCAACUGGAGUGUAUCCUUCAUCGUCACUCUUGCGUACGAUCCCAUGAAGGUGGCAAUGCACGAGUACGGCGCCUUUUGGUUCUUCGGGGGAGUGUGCACGCUCAGCACGCUAUUUUGUAUCUUUGUGGUGCCGGAAACGAAAGGAAAGACAGUGCAGGAGAUUUCCGCGUACUUCGGUGGACCACCGGUGACUCAGGCCGAGGAUAAGCCCUCAAACAAGCAGGGAAAGGCGGAGGAGACUGUAUAGCAGCCUCUGUUCCAUUAGUGUUACCACCGUCAUUCUCGCCAACCGUCCCCUCUUGCUGCGUAUGGUCCUUCACUCUUGGGACACUCGCGAGCUGAGGAUUCAUCAUCGUCUCAUCCAUGUGUUGCAGCUUUUUUGUUUGUUUUAUUUUAUUCUUAUUUUUCUAAUAGUGUCUCAUCACCGCCGUCUCAUGGUUUCCACAUCUUAUUGUGAAAUUUUCAUAAAUUUUGUUAAUGUACAUAUUAAGCUUUUAUUAUUAUUAUUAUUAUUAUUAUUAUUAUUAUUAUUAUUAUUAUUAUUAUUACCUUUGUUAUGUUCGACGUUCAAAUUUGAACUUGGUGAACUAAAUCUCGCACAUAUGGUAACUAUAUACUCAAGUUUCAUUAUUAUUAUAAUUUUUUUUUCAUGUGUGCUGUAAAUGGGCAAUCUCUCUCUCUCUCUCUCUCUCUCUCUCUCUCUCUCUCUCUCUCUGAUUUUUAGAAUUGUUUUCACAAGUUUAGUAUAAGUAUCAAUGAACUUACAGUUUAAGUGGGCUUUUUUUUAAUAUUUUGUUGCCCUUGGUGAGCUUCCCUCUUGCAUAAAAAAUAGAGAAAAAAAAAAAAAAAAACAGGACCUUAUUCCGCUGAUUUCAUGUGAGUUACACCGAAGCACGUGUUCGGUCUGAAUGAGGCCCACUGAAGCAACAGGAAGCCAACAAUACCAGAGACGCCGCCGUCUGUUGUUUGAACGGAUGUUGCCAAUGGUACAGUUACUAUUUGAUUUGUGUUAUGCUGCUCGUGCCGCAAGCUCCUCAUCGGUGCUUUACUGGUAUGUAAGCUCAUCUUACCUUGCACUGUUCUUAGUUUCAAUAUCGGUAGUCAUUUUGCCUCACACACAAAGAAAAGUAGUUUGAUAUUCUACAGUGGUACCGCCAUCUGGGAUGUUUUCCUACUAUUAAAAGUCUUAUGGUUGUGAAGGGUGUUCAUUAACUUAUUUUGGACGAAAAGCAGCAUUAACAAUCUUGAAAGUAUUGAGAAAUGUUUUUAGUUAAGCGGAGUACUAUUUUUGUUAAGAAUGUGUUUAUCGCUGCACCAAAAUUUUCCGGGUUGGACUCGUAAAGGAUCGUUGGUAUUGUUGUUCCUGGGUAUGCCAGUUCAAGGGUUAGACUAGGCUAGGCUAGGUUGAUAUACCUGAGAGGGGGCAAGGUUAGGUCACGAUCUUUUGUUCGGGGCGGGUUUCCUGGGGGUGCAGCCCCAUGUUAGGUUAGAUUAGGUUGUCGAGACGGGUACCCCAGUCUUGUAUUUCUGGACUCUGCCCCAAUGUAGAGGUUCCUCCAGUGUUCUCCUUAGCGUUUGCAACUCUUCCAUGCAGCUGAUUUGACGUCGUGUAUAUUAUGAAGCCACACUAUUGCUCAACAAGUGAAAGAGGGAGAAAAUAGGUAAUAAAUGGAGGAAAUGGGAUUAAAACAGGAAAUAGAGCCAUGUCCUCCUAUUCCCUUAUUCAUUACCAUAUUCUCCUAUUACCGUAUUUGUUAUAAUUUUCAUUGCCAUGUCCUUUAUUCCCUUAUUUGUUAUCCAUUUUUUUCUAUCUGGUCUUUUAUUAUAUCCUCAUUCCUUAUUCAUUAUCAUAUCUUCAUUCCCAUUUCUUCCUAUUCCUUUAUUUCUUAUCCAUUUUUCAUUCUCUUUCCAUUUUCUCUUUAUCCUGUUUUAUUUCCAUUUCCUUCAAUUAUUAUCCAUUUUUCUUUCUAUCCUGUUUUAAUCCCAUUUCCUCAUUUUGUUAUUUCCUUUCUCCCUCUUUCCUUAUUGACCAAUAGCAUGGCUUCGUAUAUAUACAUAAUGUCAACUCAGCUGGAUGAAAGAGCUGCAACAGGGCUGCUGAGAAAUUAGGAGAGCUGGAGGAAUGUCUAUAUUAGGACAGUGCCGAUUUCUAUUUAUGGAAGAUUUGGCCUCCACCACCCAUAGCAUUUGCUUCACACAGUCUUCAUUUCUCAGCCUUUUGACUCUAAGCAUGUUUUCCUCUCCAUCCAUUCAUAGAAAGAUCAGUAAAAAUAAAUACAUAUAUAGGUAAAUUACAAACAUAAUCAAGCUUUCACUUUAAUGUAAAAAUGCAAAUUUGUACAUAAGUUUUCUUAAAAGAAUGUAAUAAUCUGUGCACUCCAAAUAUACUGUACACCUGAGAGGAAA